UCUCGUUCGGCGUUAGGGGUUUGUGGAUUCGAGCUCGAGGAUUAACCCUAGAAGUCUUGCGGCCUCCGAUGGGUUCGGAGUUCGACAUCGAGCGCAUCCUUUGGUCGGAGCAGGAGAUCGCGGGCCGCGUCGCCGAGCUAGCCGCCGAGAUCUCCGGCGACCUUAUCGGGGCGGCGGGGCCGCCCGUUGUCUUCGUCGGCGUUGCCACCGGUGCGUUCCUCUUUCUUGCGGACCUCGUCAGGCGGAUCACCCUGCCGGUGGCCGUCGAUUUCGUCCGGGUGGAGUCGUACGGGUCGGGUACGGAGUCCAACGGCGCCCCGAAGAUCUCCAGCGACCUCAAGAUCGAUAUUAGAGGAAAGCAUGUCGUGUUGGUUGAGGAUAUUGUAGACACAGGAAAUACUGUUUCCUGCCUCAUUCCACAUUUGAGAACCAAAGGCGCUAUCUCUGUGUCGGUUUGUACUUUUCUUGAUAAACCUGCAAGAAGGAAAGUUCAUUUCGAGCUUGUUGGAGGGGGAAAAUUCUAUAGGGGGUUUGAGUGCCCAGAUAGCUUUGUUGUGGGUUAUGGCAUGGAUUAUGAUGAGCUUUACAGGAACUUGCCUUAUGUUGGUGUGCUCAAGCCUGAAAUGUACAACAAAUAAAGCAGCUUGACCACAUCCCUAACUUUUAUGCUAAUACCAGCACAGCUGAAAAUUUAAAGAUUGCAGAGACAUAUCUGGAAAAUUUGUCUUUUCUUCAACGCUAGUAUAAUUUUGUGUUAAAAUGUAUUUCCUUACAGGUAAUUUCAUUCAAUUAGCAAAUUUUAUAAACAUUUCUUAGAAGCAUUUCAUCAUCGCUAACUGCAUGUGGCAUGAGCUUCGGUGUAGGCUUAAUAACUCACUGUAUGGACCAGUUGCAGUUGGAAGUUUUAUCAAGAAUGGAGUAUCAAUCAAAAGGUCUGCUCUAUGUUGAAAUUCAUCUGAAGAUUUUCAGGAAGAUUGGUUUAGAUGGCUGUCUUAUCGAACACAAUAUUUUGGUGUCUGGGUUGAUUAGGGCUCCUCACACUUGGUCUAUUUAGCUCGAAUGCUUUACUCUUGUGCUUGCCUCAGUGAUCCUUCUUAUUUCACCCUUGAUUAUGGUUGUGUUGUUAUCUGAUCAAAUUCUAGGUGGUUUUUACAGACCUCUUAGUCAGUUCGUAAGUCAUAAAUGCUGCAUCUUUUUUGUCCUA